AUGAAGCGGCUCCAGUUCACCCGGCAGAACAAUGUGUCGGUUGAAACCAUGGAGAAAGCGCAUGCCAUCAUCCGAGCCAAGCGUUUCAUCCGAAAGGACACCCUGACGGAUCUUGAUGAUGAAGACGAGGAUCUUGUAACUCGGUCGAGCUCAACGGCAUCCAUGAAGGCCACGCCCAGGAGGAGGAGGUUCCAAGAAGUGGUUCGCAAAGUCUUCAUGUUCAAUCGCUGGACAAGCGAAGCCCCAUGGUCUAGAAAGUUGGUGCUUGAGACCUGGCAGAAGGGUCUUCGCUUGUUCAGGGCAUUGCCCUACAGCGAGCAGCAUGAGAUUGAACAGAUUUUCGGUAGCCUGGACAUCAACAACAAUGAGGAGAUAACACUGGAAGACCUGGCAGCACACUGGAAAGCCAUGGGUUUCCCAACAUCGGAGGAAUCUGCGCAGUCCUUAUUAGAUAGCAUCGAUCACGACGGCAGCAAGCAGCUCACAUGGAGCAAAUUUCAGGCUGUAGCUGCCUUGGCUAUCGAUCCCUCCCAUGGUGCAGAGAACUGGCAGGAUGACUACAUGAUGCUUUUUAAUAUUAUCGACCAGAAAAAAGCUGGCCGCCUUACGGUCUUCGAGAUUACCGCGUGGUUGGAGCAAAUGAAGAGUGGCAUGAGUGAGAUGGAUGUCGCAAGCUUGCUUUAUCAGCACUUCGGGCAGGCCAAGCCCUUCGUGGACCAGGCGGAGUUCUUAGACUGGAUUGGAAGCAUUGGCCUGCCGCAGCACAUGAGAGCACAUUCGCAUCUGAAAUCGGGUCACCACUGA